AGUGUUAGGGCACCUGUGGCUGGACCACACCUGUGGGGGCUCCGGUGGCCAGCUGUGCCGCCGGGCCGGACGUCACCCCCCCCCCCCCCCGUCAGAGGGGGUCGCUCACAGAGCGGUCUGAACUGAGACGGUCCUCGGGCCUGUGAGAUGGUGACGGGAAUCGGGCGAGAGCAGUGCCGAAGGGAGGGCGAGACAGAGCAGUGACGUGGUGGUAUAUUUACGCUGUGAAUCUUUCCCUACCGUCACGGGGACGUGAGGUGUUGCUGUAAAUCAGUGCGCUUGUCGAGUGAGUGCAGUGCUCGAGGGUCGGUGCGGUCGGUGACACUCGACGGUGCACAUUCUGCUCAGUUCGCGAGCAGGUGAAAUCAGCACGGGAACACCGAACAGACGCACCAGAUAACAACCAUGUAUCAGCAGAUGGUCGAGCCGCCCAAGAAACAGGAGAACUGCUUCAAACGCGUGGGUAUCCUGAUUCUGGCGCUAUGUUUCUGGUGUUUUCGACUCUGCCUGCGUCCCUGCCGAGGGAACGGAGCACAAGUGCAGGACGAGGAGGUAGCCGACAACAAGUCCUCGCGGAGGUCCAGUGGAAAGACUGGCAGUCAGACCGGCGGAGACCAGACUGACCUCGGCGUGGAGGAUGCUGCUCAGAGUAUCGGGAGGCUUCAGUUCAAGCUGGAGUACGAUUUCACCGCCAAGACUCUGAUAGUCGUGGUCGUUCGCUGUGAAGGACUCCCUGCGCUGGAUGUCGGCGGAACUUCGGAUCCGUAUGUGAAAGUCUACCUUCUGCCAGAGAAGAAGAAAAAAUUCGAAACAAAAGUACAGAAGAAUACCUUGAAUCCUUGGUUCAACGAGACCUUCAAAUUCAAGAGCCUGCCCUACGCGGACGCGAUGAACAAGACGCUGGUGUUUGCCGUGUUCGACUUCGACCGGUUCUCCAAGCACGAUCAGAUCGGCGAGGUGCAGCUGCCCCUGUCGCACGUCGACCUCGCUAAUGUCAUCGACGAGUGCAGGGAGCUCGUCAGCGUCGAGAGCGACGCGGAACAGGACAAGAAACUGGGCGACAUUUGUUUUUCGAUCCGAUACGUCCCCACGUCCAGUAAGCUGACGGUGACAAUUCUGGAAGCAAAAAAUCUGAAAAAGAUGGACGUGGGAGGCCUAUCGGAUCCAUAUGUGAAGGUAGAAGUGAUUCUUGGCAAAAGAAAACCCAAAAAGAAGAAAACAUCAGUGAAAAGAAAUACGCUAAAUCCGUAUUUCAACGAAAGCAUGACAUUCGACAAGAUCAACAGAAAUCAAAUAGAGAAGGUGCAGCUGAUUGUCACAGUGGUGGACUACGAUCGGAUUGGAUCGUCAGACCCCAUCGGACGCUGCGUCCUCGGUUGCCAGGCAACGGGAGCCGAGCUGCGUCACUGGACCGACAUGCUGGCGGCGCCGAGACGGCCCAUCGCUCAGUGGCAUACCCUGCAGAAUCCCGAGCCGGACGAAGUGUAGUGAUUGACGGUGAGACGGGUGUUCGAACUGGUGGACAUGUGGACAAGAGUGGAAAUAGUGCAGAGAGUGACUGGCCAGUGCGACUUAUAGUGAUGGAAUGCUCUACUCUAGUCGAAACUCUGGUCACUGGUGUGGAUGGCCUCAGACGUUCCUACAUGGAGAGUGUGAUGACAAUACGAGAUACGGCGCUGCGGUACUACUUUACCUAUCGAGUGUCUCCGGCGGCAGGAUGGACAGUGUUGGUUGAGAGAGACGCAGUAACUCAAGGGCCAGCACUCAUCCGCGAAUGCGAACUGUUGCUUGUGAAUGGCGACUGUGAAUGCUACGUCUGAUGUGAUUUGUGAGUUCACUCAAUGAUGAUGAAAUUAAGAAACUCCAGACCAGGUUACCACAAGUGGUGGGGCGUGCUAGAACCUGAGUGAAGAGUCAUGUGUGCCUAGCCAUGCGUGUGCAAUGUGCAUCGGUUUUGCGUGUGUCGCGAGCACCAAUAACCUUUUAAUGCGUUAUUUUGGGCCCCUGCAUUUAUUUACAUACUAUAGCAGUUUUAAAGUGCGCGGUGCUAUUAAUGCGAAGAGAUGUUAAUCUGACUUUUGAGGUCUUGAAUCCGUUACCUACAUGUCAGCAUAGCUUAGUUUAUUUUAUCUCGUUCUAAUUCGCUCAAAGGGGAAUUAAUACCUACGCAUCGGAAUUUUGCACCUCAUGUGAGCGGCCCAAAAGAACAGAAACGUAGAAUACGUCCUCGUGUAAGCAUUGUACAUAUCAACCAAAGAAUCUUGUGAGUGCGUUUUAAGAAUAAGUACAUAGAGCCAUUCAAUUUACAUGUCA